UUAUUGAUAAUGAAAUUUGAUACUCAAUUUUGGAAAUGGAAAUAGGGUCAAUCGGUAAUGAAAUUUGUGUAACAAAAUAUUUAAAUACUUUUUUAGGAUGGAUGGAUUCUUUGAUGAUGAAUUUAGUGUAAAGUUUUUUACAUGCAUGUCAAUAUUAUGUGAGGUUUUCCUUUAAUGUACCGAGAGUGUUUGAUAGUCUGCCUAAAUCAACUUUUUUUUCCUUUCAAGUUUUAAGUCGUGAAAAGGAAUAAGAAAAUUUUGCAGCAGCAAGUCUUAUUUUUGCCUUCUUUUUUCUAAUUUCAAUAGCUACAUGUUUUUGGCCUCACUAACUAUCAUUCUUGAUUAAUACUCUGUAUACUAAAUUGGAUGGUUUUCUACAUGAUGAACAAGUUCAACAGGGUCCAAAUAUUGUAGCGAUCAUACUCAGAUUGUAUGGUUAAGGUGAGAAUAACUCCCUCGGUUCGACUGAAACUUUCAUGCAUUACACAAAUUUUAGUUUUUAUGAUCAUACGAUUUGAAAGUCAUCCUUAUUUUCUUGUACUCGGUAUCCCGACCAACCAUGACACGUAAAAUAAAGCGGAGGAAGUAAUAAUUUUGUCUUGUUUGACAUACAUCCUUACUAAAUAAAUUUGCAUCGUUCCUGAUUCUGUUUUGCUUCUUUCUAUUAAAAGUUUCUAUUAAAAGUUUGUAGGAUAAUGAUAGACAUGUGCUUUGAAAAGCAAGAUAAUCCUAAUUUGGCAUUGAGAGGCUUCUCAUUCAUCGAUGGUGUUAAGAGAUUAGUUGAAGUUGAAUGCCCUGGAGUUGUUUCUUGUGCUGAUAUUAUUAUUUACCGUGUUGGUUUCUAGAGAUGCACUUGUGGUUAUAGUAAAUUAAAAACUCGAUAGAAGAACUUACUUUUUCUUAAAUAAUAAAAUUCUGCAGAUAAUUAAGAUUAAUGAUAGUUUAAGAGAUGUGACUAAAAUGCAUCAAGUUUAGGAUGUUCUUUGUGUUACUGAUAAUGAUGAUGUCACUGGCGUGAUAGAGAGGUCCAUUUUAGAAUGUGCCAACUAGGAGAAGAGAUGAAACAAUAUCAAAUGCCUCAAAAGCCAAUGUUCACAUUCAAACCCAAAAAAUGUCAAAUUAUUAAUACUUUUACCUACGAUAUAUAGAACUUACGGAUGAUAAUUCUACAUAUAAAAGUGUGUAAGAGGAGAUCAGUAGUAACACAUUCACAUAAAAUUCUAACUUCUCUAUCCUUCAGAUUAAAGCUCUACUAGACCUAAAAGGCCACCUAAUGAUUUCAUGUAAUAGUUACAGGAAGACUCUGUACUACAGAAAAAUGUUGAUAUGAAGGAAUAAAGUUAGAUUCUUUAAUAGGAGAAGUCUUUCAAUAUUCCGAUGAAGUAAUAGGUAGAAAUAAUAGGAGUAUUCAACUUUUAAAGUGUAGAAAAGAUAUCACUUUUCUCUAUUAGACUAUGACUAUGAGUACUUGAUCGUUUCUCACCCUAAGAUGGAGUUGAUCGUGUAAUCUUUAGAUGGUAUAUGUAUACAACUUGUGAAAUGCAGUGAGCUUCUAACUUUAAAGUUGUUAUCUUUAAUGUCUGAUGCUUUCGGUCAUUAGCCACUGUAUUAUCCUACCGAAACAUUACCGAAAAUGUAGCAGGUAGCUUCAUUAAGUUUUUGGUACUAUCAAGAUGAUAAUGUGGUACAUAAGUGAAUAUGAUCAAUGAGACACUGAUUAUACAAAGAAAACUAUUCAAGGAAGUUAUGAAUAAGUUAAACAAUAAAGUAUUAUCAAAUUUUCACUGAACUAACCUGCCAACGUCUAUAUUUCUUUACUUGAUUUUAAAGUUGAUACAAAUCUUUAGUUUCAUGGUGAUAGAGGUCAUGAAUUGUAACACUACAUCUUUAAUUUGCAAUUAUAUUCAGCUCUAAAGUGAAAAGUUUAAAGGUUCAUCAGUGCUACCGGGAGUGUCGCAAUAUAAAGUGAGGUUUUUACCAAAAUAAUUUAUUAUUUAAAUCAAUUUACAACAGUAAUAUAUUUUUUCAAAAUUUUACAAAACUAGUAUAAACGUUGUUGAUAGUAACGUAUUAGGCCAUCUAUUAAUUCUGCCAAGAAACAGACCAAAACUAACGGGGGACGGCGUUAAAGUUAGAAUACGUUACUACGAAUAACGUUUUAGAGUUUAAGUUGGAAUACGUUACUGAAAGUAACGUUUUAGAGUUUAAGUCGAAAUACGUUACAGAUGGUAACGUUUUAGAAUUAUUAUCUUAAAUCCAAUUUACCCAUUAGCCGCACUUCCCUCACCUGCCGCACUUCCCUCACCUUCUAACCUAAACCCUAUUUCAUAUUUUUUUUCCCUUUCAUUCCCUCGCUAAGAGAGCAUAUGCAUGCCGCUGGUUCGAUUCUUCUCGUUAGUGUUGCCGGAAAAGGAGAUUCACAAUAUUUCAGCGCCAUAAGUAUUUCGAGAGGUAGUUUCUUUGCUUAAGGUAUUUUUUAUGGCUAAUGAUAGUGAAUACAAGUUGGAUCCCGGUCCAUUGGAAUCGAAUGUAUUAACGGGACAACUUACUCAUAGAUCACAAGAUAUAUGGGAAGGAAAUGUUAAUAUGAUUCUUAAUACGAGGAGAGAAGAUGGAAAUUUUUGGAAGCUCAUAGAGAAAUAUCCCAUCCAUCCACGAGUUCUUGAAGUAAUUAGAUUAUCUGGAUUAUAUGGUGUUUACAAAUCUAAUCGGCCUGCUAUUGACUGUAGUUUGAUCACUGCACUAGUUGAGCGUUGGCGUCCCGAAACUCAUACUUUUCACUUUAGAACAGGCGAAGCAACAAUUACCUUGCAGGACGUAGAGGUGUUGUAUGGAUUACCUGUGAAUGGUGAUCCAGUACUUGGUAAUGAAAUGAUAAGGACCAUAGAGGAUUGGCAAAACAUUUGUCAAAGAUUAUUAGGUUUUGUUCCUUCUCGUGAAGACUUCAAAACAAAUUCCAUCAAGGUUGCUGCAUUUAAUUCACACAUGUUAAGCCAGCCACAUUUGUCGAACAUGGCAACACAAGAUAUGGUUAAUCAGAAGGCAAGAUGUUACAUGUUCUGGAUGAUUGCAGGUAUGAUGAUGGCGGAUACAUCUGGUGGUUAUUUGAAGCUUAUGUACUUGCCUAUGCUCGAAGACGUCGAUAAAAUUGGAUCUUAUAGUUGGGGGAGUGCGACCUUGGCAUACUUGUAUCAUUUUCUUUGUAAAGCUUCACAGAGUACUCAAAAUGAGAUAGCCGGAUUUUUGCCACUACUUCAGAUUUGGGCGUGGGAGAGAGUCACUGUUCUCCGUCCUCAAAUAGUAGCCCACAGAGAUGCGAGAACUAUUUGUCAUGUUGGUUUGCCUAGGGGUCCGCAUGCUACUAGAUGGUUUGCACAUCUUAGUUGGACGAAUACUACCAAGCAUGUGUUGAAAGUUUAUAGGGAUGCACUUGACUCUAUGAUAGAAGAUCAGUUUAUUUGGGAACCGUAUUCCGAUGACUUAAUUGAGAGUCUUCCUCUCUAUUGUCAUGCUGGACGAGACAUAUGGCGAGUUAGAGUUCCAAUAUUUUGUUGGGAUGUGGUCGAGGUUCAUUUGCCAGAUCGUGUUAUGAGGCAAUUUGGACUACAACAAGCUAUACCAACUCCGUUUCCAUUUGAUUCCAACCACUUUCGCCAUGAUCGUCGAGGAAGACCAAAUACAAAUUGGGAGUUGGAACAUGCACAUUGGUUAUCAUUUUGGAACCAACGUCUCCAAUAUAGUUGUGAUGCACCGGUUAAUAAUGAACCACUUCGCUAUGAUGAUCCAUAUCUUAUUUGGUUCAGGCGCAUUACUCGUCUUGUUAUUGGUAAUCCUAAUUCACGUCCUCAAAAUCAACAAGGUUAUGUGCCUAAUUCGACGGCAUAUGAAACUAUGGUGCGUCAUAUUCAUUCGAUGGUUGAUGAAGCUAAAACACUUGGUGAUAAUCCAUCAUAUGAGGCCUUAUACAUGUUUAGAAAAAUGGUGCGAGAUCAAGGUUCUGAUUGUUUGAAAUAUGUCCAUGAGGCUGACAGGGUUCAUGUGUCAGCCGAUUAUAGAAGAGAUGUGGUACAACCUGUCCAGUUACAUCACCCAGUUCGUAGGCGAGGAAAAGGUGGUGUUGCAGGUAGGAGAGAACGUGCUGUUGAAAGAGCACAAACACAUGUUGAAAUAGAUCAGGCCACACAAAAUGUCCAAGAAGCCUUAGAAGAUGAUCAAGCAACAUCCAAUUAUAAUAUUGGUUCUAUUUCAGGAGGUUGCACUCAUGAAUUCACUCAGGCAUCAAAUAUGACAUAUCAACUGUCAGAAACAGAUAUCAUGCCAUACGUGACGCCACAGACUCUACAAAUAUCAAGUCAUCCAAGUCUUUCAUCACUUGAGAAUGUCAUUGGUAAUUUUGAAAAUGUCCCAAAUUUUACCUCAUCGCCCGUGCCUCUGAUCAUUGAAACCCCUGAUGCCACUAAUAAUUUAGAGGACCCGAAUCAUGAUGUGGACGAUAAUGAUCCUAAGGAUGCAAAUGAAGGCGGUGAUACGACUAUUCAAAAUAGUGAACCAUCAAGGAGGGAGAAGCGUAAAAUUAAACUUAAGCCUUGUGGGACUGGCGGUCACUAUGCUAUCCAACAUGUCCAAAAAAAGAGAGCCAAGAAUAAGUAAUGAAAAUUGAUGUUGCUGAAAUCUUUUGGUGCUGCUGAAAAUUGCAGGCAGUACUGCUAAAAAUUGGUGCCUGUAUUGCUGAAAAUUGGUGUUGCUGAAAAUUUUUAGUGCUGCUGAAAAUUGCAGCCAGUACUGCUGAAAAUUGGUGUUGCUGAAAAUUUUUAGUGCUGCUGAAAAUUGCAGCCAGUACUGCUGAAAGUUGGUGCUGCUGAUAUAUUCCAAUCAUAAACAAAGUGUUUUUUUGAAUUUU